AUGCAAUCGAAAAUCCGUCAUCGUAAAGGGGCAGCCAAACGGAAUGACGUAGAUGAAGACACUCCAGACUUCCUACUUAAUCGCAGUGUGACCAUCAAGCAUGACGUGGAAGUGGAGAAAGAAUAUCGAAUUUAUGAAUUCCUUGGCAGCGGCAAGUUUGGUGAUGUAAAUAGAUGCGAGGAGAAGGCAACGGGCUACACACUGGCAGCCAAAGUCAUUCCAGUCAGUUCCCUGGACGAAAAAGAGGCUGUGAUGAACGAGGUGGAGAUCAUGUCAAAACUUCGGCAUGCACGACUAAUUCAACUCUACGACGUAUUUGUACAGCAGUUCAAAAUCACACUCAUAAUGGAAUUAAUAACAGGUGGCGAGCUUUUCGAGAGGGUGAUUGACGAGAGCUUUGAGUUGGAUGAGGCGACUUGUGAAAAGUUUAUGCGUGAGAUUCUACAGGGAGUCGAAUACAUCCAUUCACAGCAUGUGCUACAUCUGGACCUUAAGCCCGAGAAUAUUCUCUGCCUCUCCCGCACCGGUUUCAAGAUAAAAAUCAUCGAUUUCGGCCUCGCGCGGGAGGUAACUGAGGGGGAAAUGCGAGUUAUGUUUGGUACGCCGGAGUUCGUUGCCCCGGAAAUUAUCUCCUACGACCCCGUGACCUACGCCACAGACAUGUGGUCAGUGGGGGUGAUUUGCUAUGUUCUCCUCUCCGGACUGUCGCCGUUCAUGGGGGAUAACGAGAGCGAGACGCUGAGCAACAUUGUCCGCUGCAACUACACCUUCGACUACCCCGAGUUCAAGGACAUUUCGGCAGAUGCGAAGGACUUUAUCCGGAAACUCCUUCACAAGAAUCCAAGGUUGGUUCCUGCUAGUAGUGAUCGGAGCACAUGUCCCGUUAGGACGUGCGAUUGGCUCAAUCUAUCACGUCGUCUGUUUCAUUUUAGCAAGCGGAAUUCGGCAACGCAGUGUCUGUCGCACCCG